AUGGGUACUGUGGAAUUUUGGACGCUCUAUACUCUUAGUGUCUUGAUCACAUUUUUGCGAAUAUAUGCCAGUACCACAGUUGGUGUUCACAAUCUACGAUGGGACGACCGUGUCAUGUGUAUUGCAAUUCUCUUCUAUACAGCACAAUGUGUCCUCGGGUAUAUACUGGGGGCAGUUGCCCAGGGCCUCGCCAAUGAUGGUAUGACGCCGGAUGAGCGCAGUGUACUCUCGCAAGAUGAUCACGAGUACAUUAUGCGAGUUAUGGGAUCUAAAAUCCAGGUGGCGGGAUGGACAGUAGCUGUAUGUCUACUUUGGUCGCUCAAGCUAUGUGUAGCACUUUUCUACCUUCGUCUUACCAGCUGCCUCCAGAAACUCAGGACCCAUGUUCAUAUCGCUUUUGGUCUUAUCACUAUUACCUUCAUCACUAGCCUCUUAACGAUAUACCUUUCCUGCCAACCCUUCUCCCACUACUGGCAGAUCGUUCCUAACCCUGGUAACGUAUGUCAAGCAGCGAUAUCAAAGCCCAUAAUCUGGGUGACAUUCGUUUCGAACUUAUCUACUGACGUACAUCUGCUCUUGAUACCUGUUCUUAUGCUACGGAAAUCGAGCUUGAAGAAGUACGAGAAGGUUGCUAUCAUGUUGGUACUUGGCGCUGGCGUGCUGGUCAUUGCGUGCGCUACGCUCAAGAGUAUCUAUCUUAUCGUAGACCCUGCUCACAGCGGUGAGAACACAGCUUCUUGGGGUACUCGGGAAACAUUCGUCGCCAUCUUUACCACCAAUCUGCCCAUGAUCUAUGCCUUACUCAAGAAAUGGCUCGCACCUUUCCUCCCAAGUACAACCCGCUCAAGCUACACCAAACCACACAAGUCCUCCAGCAGUGGCUUUAGAACUAUCAGAAGUAACAGCAAUGAUGAUAGGGUUAGGGCUAACGGUGUCACAUGGGGCGUCUAA